UGUUUCUAUAGAAGUUGAGUGUUGUGUCUGGUGGUUUUGAAUUGAAUUGUUGCAUUUUUUGUGUGUCUUUUUAAUUUAAUUGACGUUUUUUAAGUAAAAACAGAUUCAUUGUUCAUUUCGGAUUCCAAAAAAAAAACGGCAUAUAAAAGGGGCUUCGAAUUAAAAAUACAAAGCUGAUUGAUAAAGAUUAACGAUUGCUUAAGGUUUUAUCUGCCUUUUAAUCGAAAUAAAUCAUGAUAAUGGAUUGUAAAUGGAGUUAUUAUAUUUAUUUGGUAGCGUUAGGUUUUAUUGGAACAUCGCUAGCAAAUCCAUAUAACACCUCAAUUUACGUUUACGAAAUUAUCAACUCCGACAAAUCAAUGAAGCCAACAGAGAAUAACAAUUUGACAUCGAUUACCUGGGCACAUGCUGUUAAUAGUCAAAAAGAAUUGGAUGAUGCAUUAAAGAGUGACAUAGACAUGAUUGAAGCAGAUAUUGUGCUUGGAAAGAUAAAUAACACCGGACCCGACCUUCCAGUCAUGGGUCAUCCUCCUAAACAAACUUCAGAUAUAUCACUUGAAUCAUUCCUACGCCAGAUUCUUGACUUUAACAACAAAACAGAUCAUAAAAAAGGUGUAAAAUUAGAUUUUAAAUCGAUAGAAGUCUUUGAAGGUUCUCUAGCUUUACUACAUGGAUUAUGGUCAUCGAUGACAUAUCCCAUUUGGUUAAAUGCUGAUAUUAUCAAAGGACCGGUAAAUAACACCGAGACAGUUCCUGUCGAUCCGACACGUUUCUUUGCUGGAUGCAAAGAUUUUCCUGAUGCUGUACUUUCAAUCGGUUGGACUACCCGAUGGGGAAGUGAUUUCAAAGAUGGUUUCUACACAGACACUCAGAUUGAAGAAAUGGUUGAUUCCAUCAAGAAAAACAACAUCACCGACUCUCAACUGCCAAUUACAUUCCCUGUGCGAGCUGGUAUCGCUGCAAGCAGUGACACCCAAUUACAUUGGCUACUCCGUGCUGUCAAUGAAACCAAUCCAAGUACACUUACCAUUUGGUCUUCGGCCAACGACAAUGUUGAUAUAAAGAAACUCCGCAAAUUAAUAUUUGACUUUGGUCUGAAUCGAGUUUACUUGGAUGUUCCUGAGGAAGUCUCGAGUAAACUUAAUUUGCAUAAAGGCCCUGGCAAUGCUGCGGCUCUUCCAUCGAUAUUUAACGUUGCAUACAUUGGUCUUUGCGCUCUAGUGGCCAGUUAUGCAUUACAAAAAACAUUUUCCUAGAUAAUAACUAUUCUAAUAUUUUUAUUAUCUACUAGUCUCUUAAGUAACAAAAUUUAAUAGUUAUUUUGGUGGCUUCCAGUCCAAUUCCACUAAACAUAUAAACAUAAAACUAAUAAUAUUAUGUAAAACUAAAAAACUAAUAUGAUAUGUA